CGCAAUGCAUGCUGGCACAUGUAGUCACAGCUGCCACUGCACCGCAAACACGCUGCCCUUUGACCGCUUUUUAUAUUGAUGCGAGUGUCAUAAAGAUGAGCUGUGGAAGUGGCUGUUUUCAAGUAGCAACAUGGAGUCCAGGAGACCGCUACACGCAAGUCUAACUUUGUUAAUCCUUGUUACCAGCAGCCAUGGAGGACACUUAAAAUCAGGGCCCACUCUAAAAAUGGACCAGGCUUUGUUAACAUUUCAUAACCAGCUGACGGAAGAAGUGCAGGUGUUCUACACGUCAGAUUCCUGCUACAAGUGUGUGUACCAGCAUUUGGUCACUGUGAAGCCCAACAACAACAAUGCAUCUGCGGUGAUCAGCACUAAAUUCCCUCUGACUCUGCAAGUGGAAUGGACCAGGAAUGUAACUCUUUGCAGCUGGAGUCAGACGUAUGGAGAAGGGGGUCAUUACUCUGUUUGGAUCCAGAUGUCUGAGGCUGCCAGUAACCCCAGCUGCACCGACGCUGUGGAUAAAAGACCAAACAAUGCACACCUGCCUCUUCUGGUGGGAGCUCUCUCUCUGGCCAUUAUCGCUCUCUUAUUUGUUGUGGCACCCUACAUCUACAGGAGGCGUUGUACGUCAAAAUGUAUUAGGACCAUUUGCUGCCAAGACCCACAGUGCUCAGUGGAUAAUGACGGAGCACAGGCUUGUGAAGCUGAGCACAACACCACUAAAGCUAAACCAACACGUCUGCGCUCACUGGAUACUUUCCGAGGGUUUGCACUGACAGUGAUGGUGUUUGUGAACUAUGGUGGAGGAGGCUACUGGUUCUUUCAGCAUGCACCGUGGAAUGGCCUAACUGUGGGAGAUCUUGUUAUGCCAUGGUUUGUGUUCAUCAUUGGGACUUCAGUGGUGUUGGCUUUCAGAUCCAUGCAGAGGAGAGGAGUUAGCCGCCAGCAGCUGCUGCGCAAAAUCACCUGGAGAACAGUUGUCCUCCUGAUGCUCGGCUUCUGCUUUAUCAACUACUCUCCAAGAGACGGAGCACUGUCCUGGUCCUGGCUGAGGAUCCCUGGAGUGCUCCAGCGUCUGGGCUUCACCUACUUUGUUCUGUCUCUCCUGCAGACUUUCUGGGGCCUGAAAGAAAUCCCACUGAGAGCGAAUCACUGGUGGAACCCGGUCCAGGAUGUGGUCCUUUAUUGGCCACAGUGGCUGAUUAUCAUCCUGCUGGAGACUCUGUGGCUUUGCAUCACUUUGCUCAUGCCUGUACCCAACUGCCCAACAGGGUAUUUGGGAGCUGGUGGAAUCGGUGAUAACGGUCUUUACCCAAACUGCACUGGAGGCGCAGCAGGAUACAUUGAUAGAUGGAUGUUUGGGGAUAACAUGUACAGAUACCCCACAUGCAAAGAAAUAUAUCGCACCACACAGCCCUUUGACCCAGAGGGGGUUCUGGGUACAAUCAACUCCAUUGCCAUGGGAUUCCUGGGGAUGCAGGCGGGGAAAAUUAUCAUUUUCUACAGGGGGGCGAACGUCCGCAUCCUCUGUCGAUUCCUUGUGUGGGCCGUCAUCCUGGGAAUCUCUGCAGCCAUCCUUUCUAAGUGCACACGAGACGAAGGAUUUAUACCUGUCAAUAAAAACCUUUGGUCGUUGUCCUAUGUGAUGUGUACGGGCUGUUUCUCCUUCUUGCUGCUGGGAGGCAUGUACUUUGUCACUGAUAUCAAGGGCUGGUGGGGUGGACAGCCAUUCAUAUACCCAGGGAUGAACUCCAUCUUUGUAUAUGUUGGCCACUCUCUCCUGGGUUUCUACUUCCCGUUCAGCUGGGAGAUGCGCUUCCAGGAGAGCCACUGGGAGUGGCUCUUCCAAAGCCUGUGGGCAACUGCACUGUGGGUGCUCAUCGCUUACCUGCUGUACAGAAAGAAAUUCUUCCUCAAAAUAUAAACCAGGAUGAUCAUA